UUUCUACAUGGCGUCACGUGACAUAAUUACCACUAGAAUCAAUCAAGAUGAAUUGCACGUCAGCACACGGUGGGGAUUUUUUCUUAGUUGAUCCUGUCCAAACCCUCUUGUGCAAUAGAUGGAUCUUGUUCAAUGCACUGAAGUCUCCUGGUUGCUUGCAAUCGCAAAAAGGAAGACAUGACUGAGUUCGACGAUUGCAGCCACAGUGCAUCCAAUAUGUAUCUACCAGGGUGCGCUUAUUACGUUUCACCUUCAGAUUUCUCGACGAAGCCCUCUUUUUUGUCUCAAUCGUCUUCCUGUCAAAUGACUUUUCCUUAUUCUUCUAAUUUACCUCAUGUCCAACCUGUGCGAGAAGUGGCAUUCAGGGAAUACGGAUUAGAGCGCAGCAAAUGGCAGUAUAGGGGCAGUUAUGCUCCUUAUUACUCAGCUGAGGAGGUUAUGCAUCGAGACUUUCUGCAGCCUGCUAACAGGAGGACGGAAAUGUUAUUCAAAACGGAUCCUGUGUGCAGCCACCAUGGACCCUCCGCCGCUGCCUCCAACUUCUACAACACGGUGGGAAGGAACGGCAUUCUCCCGCAAGGAUUUGACCAGUUUUAUGAGACAGCCCAUGGACCUCCAUACCAGCAGCAAGCAGAGAACGAGGGGGAAGCGGCCAAGAGCGACUUGAAACCUCAGAAUAGCACUUGUAGUAAAACACCUUCCAGCCAAGAGAAGAAAGUGACAACAGAAAACAGCGCCGGUUCCCCUUCUGGUGAGGCUGUUGCAGAGAAGAGCAACAGUUCAGUAGUUCCCCAGCGAUCAAGGAAAAAGAGAUGUCCCUACACCAAAUAUCAAAUAAGAGAACUGGAACGUGAGUUUUUCUUCAACGUGUACAUAAACAAAGAAAAAAGACUGCAGUUGUCCAGAAUGCUGAACCUCACUGAUCGACAAGUUAAAAUCUGGUUCCAGAAUCGAAGGAUGAAAGAAAAGAAACUGAACAGAGAUCGACUCCAAUAUUUCACUGGAAACCCCUUGUUUUGAAAGAAAAGAAAAGAAAAUAUCUCUACCUAACCUGCCAUCUGAGUACACCAGAAGAUUGGUUUACAGGACACAUUCACCCUGCGGAACGCAAAGUUUCAUUUUCUUGUUCAACUCUGGUACCUCCAAACAAUCAAUGUCCACUGGAGAUAUCGGGGGUUUGGCGGAACGCGUUCCUCAUAAGGGGAAGCUAGAGUAAAUCCAAAAGUCCAUUCUCCAAUGUUUAUCGCCCAAGGUGGUUUUUUUCUCUCUCUCUCUCUUUCAUGAUGGAAACCAAUGGACCGGCGGUGUGUAUGGUAGAUUUUGCUUUUAAAAAAGAGUUUUUUUCCCUGUUGGUUUUGAUCUAGGAUAACCCUUUCCUCCCUUAAAUGAAUGCAGUUUAUUUAAAAGAUGGUAAAUGUACAUGGUGUGUGUGUGUGUGUGUGUGUGUGUGUGUGUGUGUGUG